AUGUAAAGGUUACACUUCAUAAUACAGUUACCAAUUCUGCUUCAUCCUUCGACUCACUUUUCCUGAAUCAGACUUUCAGCUGAUGGUGAAUGGCGCUGGCGAAAGUUCAGAAUAGCGUUUAGUAGUUUGGAAGUCAUCUAUAACUAACACGCUUCUGGAAUUGAGGCAAAAGCUCCCACAAUAAACAUGUCAUCAUUUUUGGAUACAGUGGAAGAACUGUACGAGACGAGAGACUUGUACCAUGCCCUGGGACUGACCAAGACGGCAUCGGACGCUGAGAUCAAGAAGCACUAUUACAAAGCCUCGCUGAAGGUCCACCCAGACCGAGUUGAAGAGAGUGAGAAGGAAUUCGCCACCCGCAAAUUCCAGGUGCUUGUGAAGCUAUAUGGUGUCUUGAGUGACAAGGAGAAACGUGCCCUGUACGAUGAGCAAGGCAUAGUUGAUGAUGAGGAUUCAGCAGAAUCUGAUAAAGACUGGUACGAUUAUUGGAGACUGAGAUUCACGAAGAUCACGGUGGAUGAUAUCGAAGCUUUUGCCAAAACUUACCGUGACUCGGAAGAAGAGAAGAGCGAUUUGAAAGAAGCGUAUGUAAGUAGCAAUGGCAGCAUGGAAGAAAUCUUGACUAAGGUGCUAUGCUCCACAUACGAGGAUGAAGAUAGAUUUCGUGUCCUCAUUGAUGGUUGGAUAAAGGCGAAGGAGGUACCAAAGUUCAAAGCCUACGCAGAAGAGAGUAAGAGAUCGCGUAAGCGUCGGAGGAAGGCGGCUCAAGCCGAAGCAGCGGAAGCGGAGGAGGCCCUUGCUGCUAUUGGUGGUGUUUCUGGAGAUGAAAACUCCCUGUCGGCAUUGAUCAAACGCAGACAAGCACAACGAGAAGGUGAUGCAGAUAGUUUCUUUGCGUCGCUCGAAGCAAAGUAUGCAUCAGGCGGCAAGGCCAAGUCAAAGGCCAAGGCCAAGAAGCAGGAAUCAAAGUCUGCGCCAUCGUCGAAGCGUUCAAAGAAAUCUUAGCUGUGAGUCCUUGCAGGUUUGAGUGAUAACAUUGAAUGACCUAGAAACCACUUGCCGGACCAGCUAAAGAGUCUCAGUGAUGCUAGCGGGGCAUUUUAUAUUUCCCUUUGGUGUAAUGUUGUCAGCAGGGCAGGUGAUAGCAGUGCUGGUACAUUGAAAUUUGACAAGUAAUGUUGCUGCUGGUUGUGCACAAGCAAUGCAGCGCUACAGUUUGCUUGCUUGUCUGGUCACAGUGUCUAUGCAGGACCAAUGCACUGCCACCAUGUAUGAUGUUAACUGUGCCAUUGCAAGUUUCAGGCCGUAAUUGCCUUUGGGGUGUCUGCCGUAUUUUUAUCAUGAUAAUAAUUGAGCUCAGUUUUUUUAUCCCACAAUUCAGCUAUGCAUGUUAUCAAGAGUACUCUUGAUGUUAUUUUGUGCAUGCACGCAGGUAGUGCAGCAUUUUGCUCUUUUUAUUUUAUUUGUUUCAAUGCAUGUCACUUGUCUGAAAGUUGCUAGUCAGAGAAGUUGGGACUCUUCGCGUUCUCUCAGUGUAUGUCACCUUUGCUUGUUCCAGUUUUUCCUUGUUCCAACUCUCCCACAUUUCAAAGUACCAUUAUGAUUAUGCUUGGAAGUAGGUUGUGUACGUCUCACUAG